AUGUUUUCCAUGAACACAUCCGUAUUCUACGAUUUCAUGAGAAUGACAGAUCGUCCACAAGCUGCAAUGGUUUACAUUAAAAAUAAAUACGGAAACAAUUUAAUACAAAAAGACAAUUUACUCGAUAUACAAAUCUUGGAUGAAAUAAUUAAAAACAUAACGAUUAUUGUAGAUGGAAAAGUAGUAAAUUAUAGAAAUAUAUGUGGCAUAAUGAACGAGAAGUGCAUGAAAAACCCGAUAAUAAAUAUAUUACCGGAGAUGGAUAAAUUACUUUCUAGAAAAAAAAAGUUAAAAUUUCCUCUUCAAAUUGAUCCCUUUACUUAUACAUACGAACUGUGGGCAAUUAACUUCGGCGGAGUAAAAUAUGAUGUAAACGGAUAUGUUCAGGAAGUAGAAUAUAUAAGACUUGUUUAUCCCGUUGACGAAUCGAAUUUCUCUAAAAGACACUGGAUUCGUGAAUGGCGAAAAGCGUUUUUGCGGAAUGUCAACAAAUUGGAUUUUCAUUCGAUCGAGAUAUAUCCGUGUCCUUUCUUAGUUUCUGAAUUAGACGUGAAAAACCUUGCUGAUGAAAUUACACCGUUGAUGAGUGUCGCUGUUAUUGUUGUAACAAUUUUCUGUGCAAUGUCGUAUACGACAAACAGUUGGGUAAAGAGUAAACCUUGGAUGGGAAUUGCUGCAGUUGUGUCUGCUGGAUUAGCAGUGGUUUCUUCUUUCGGGUUGAUGGGUGCGUGUGGAAUUGAAAAUGUCAACUCUAAUAUUAUGCUGCCGUUCCUAAUUUUCGCUACAGAGAUUGACGACGCCUUCGUGAUAGUAGCAAAUUGGAGAGUUACAGAUGUUGAAGACAGCGUGGAAGAACGAAUGGGGAAAACUUAUUCCAAAUCUGCUGUUUCUAUUACCAUAACAACUUUGACAAAUAUUUUAUCUUUCUGCAUAGCGAUGACCGCAGAGUUUCCUGGUGUGAGGAUUUUCUCUUAUUACGCAACGACUUGCGUGUGCUUUACUUAUUUGUAUCAGAUUACGUUUUUUGGAUCGUGCUUAGCACUAAGUGGAUACAGAGAAGAACGUCGUCUUAAUGCAUUUACCUUUAGAGUUACAAAAGAAAGAUCCAACGAGCACAAUAUAGAAGAGAAAAACGAAUACGCUUUUAUGGAAUUCUUCAGAGAUUACGUCGCCGAAAUUCUCUCUCGUCCUUUAGUCAAACUGGUCGUUAUUUUAUUGUACAUAAUUAAUCUUUCAAUAGGUAUUUGGGGAGUAACAUUGUUACAAGAAGGCAUCAACUUCUCUACAUUUUAUCCAAAACAUUCGAAAGUAGCAAAAGCAUAUCAAAUAUAUUACCACUAUUUUACGGAAUUUGCAUAUCCUGUUCAAAUUGUAAUCAACACAACAUUAGAUUAUUCCCAAGUAGACAUUCAGAAAUCGAUAGAAAAUUUAAUGAUGAAAUUUCAAUCUCACCCAAACGUCGCCGGUUCGGAAUUCGAAGUUUCCUGGUUGAAAUAUUACAAAGAGUUUCAGAAUCAUCCGGUAUCGAAAUUUUCCAUGAGUAUUUAUGAUAUGACACAAAAACAAGAUUUCAUUGAUGGACUUCUCCACGUGUUUUUGAGACUUAAAGCAGCAAAACAAUUUUCGACUGACAUAAAUUUUAAUAACAAUUACACAGAUAUUAUCCGAAGUCGUUUUUUUGUUUUAACGAAAAAUAUGUUUGAUAAAGAUAUUGAAAGUACCGUGUUAACCGAUCUAAAGAAAAUAGCAAAAGAAUCUGAUUUACCAAUUAUUGUCCAUUCUUGUUUUUUUCCUUUGGUAGAACAAAUUGUUAUUACCAAACAAAUUACUCUUCAGUUAUUCUGGAUAACAUCUCUGUUAGUAUUUAUUGUUUUUGUUUCAUUUGUUCCUAACGUUAUUUGCGCAUUAAUUGUUGCAUUCUCGAUUGUUUCAAUAAUUGUCGAAACAAUUGGAUUUAUGUCAAUCUGGGGUGUUAAUCUUGACGUCUUUUCCAUGACGAUUAUGAUACUUUGUAACGGAUUUUGUAUUAAUUAUCCGGCUCACAUGUGUUAUGCGUUUUUGACUUCUUCGCAUUCUGUAGCCAAACAUAAGCUGAAGGAAUCGCUUUAUCUCGUUGGGUUUCCUAUAUUUCAAGAAACGUUGGUCCAUGCCAUGCUUUUUAUUCCCGUGUUUCUUAGUAUAGUGGCUUUUCCAUUUAAGAAUAAAAGUGAGACUAAUUCUGAUGAAAGAGAAUACGAUAUUAUUGGUGGUGUUGAAA